CCUGGUACGUGUGGAACGUGCGCCGGUAGAGAGCUACACAGUUUCCCGAUUAACGGCUCAUUUUGCCAUUGUGUUUGGGGAAAAAGUAAACUCAGCAAGUUAUUUUAUCGUUACCCCAUAGCCUCAAUCAUACUGAUAAUAUCCACGAGUCGCCAGAUCAUCGUGAAAUUAUCCAUCUUCCGUUGAACAAAGGGAGCCACAGCAGACAGACAAAAUACGAAGAAAUAACAGGCUUGUGAUUUUUGGAGGGAACUGUUCAAGAUGGCAGAUGUAGCAGAGCAAGCCCUAUUCACUGACCCAGCGGCAGCAAUAUCACAGGGUAAACGUCAUCUACUAGUACGUGAUUACACAGCAGCGGUAACUGCCUUUGCCGAGGGUCUUGAAUUGCUGUCCCAGAAACACGGAGAUUGCGGUGAUGAACUCGGUGAACCGUACCUACUUUAUGGACGUGCAUUGCUUGGAUUAGCAAGAGAGGAGACUGGUGUACUUGGUGGUGGUGUACCUGGUGGUGAUGAAGACGAGGAAGACGAUGAGGAUGAUGAAGUGGAUGAUGAAAAACUAAGCAGUGUUGAUGAGAAAGACGAAGAUGUACAGGAUAAGGAAGAAAGUGAUAAAACUGAGGCAGCCUCUUCUCUGCCUAAAGAGGAUGACAAUAAGUCUGAAAAUAAGCCAGAGGAGAUGAAUAAAACUGAUGACAAUAAGAUUGAGGAGAAAAAAGUUGAGGAAGAGAAGAGUGAAAAAAGUAAUUCUGCUGAGGAUGAGAGUCUACCAGGUACCAGUAAAGAUACACCAAAGGAGAAUGGCGAUAGUGCUGUGAAAAACGGUAAUGCAAUACAGAAUGGUGAUGGAGAGGGUGAGGAUGUCAACAAAGAGGAGGAUGAUGAAGAUCCAGGGCGUGGCAUUGAUCUUCAAGUUGCUUGGGAAGUACUUGAACUGGCUAAAAUUGUUUUCUUCAAGCGCGGGCCGUCUGGAUAUAAACAACUGGCUGAGGCGCACAGACUACUUGGCGAGGUUGCCAUGGAGAGUGGCAAUCAGCAAGUUGCUGUAUCUGAUCUUGAAAAGGCAUUGACAAUUCUUGAGAAUGUUGAGCCUCGUGAACCAAGAGCAAUGGCUGAAUUGCAUUAUCAACUCGGUUUGGCUCAUUCACUUGGUAAUGAUUUUGAUGCUAGUAUCGACCAAUUCAAUGAGGCCACAAACUUACUCGAGGCGAGAAUAAAAGAGUUAGAGAGUAUAAAGGAGCCACCCAAGAGUGAUGAUCCAUUCUAUACGAUUGGGGGAGAAAUCAGUGAGUUGAGGGAACUUUUGCCCGAGAUACAGGAGAAAAUUUCUGAUAUGAAGGACUUUAAGCAGGAAGCGUGCAGGCUUGUUAUUGAGGGUAUAAAGAGCAAAGUUGCUGGUGGCGGCUGCACAAAUGGGGCUGGACCGAGUUCAGAUGGUGCAUCAUCCAGUGGUACUUCAGCUACACCAACAGUAUCAAAACCAGCGAGUGAUAUUUCACAUCUUGUCAGAAAAAAACGUAAGAAUGAUGAGGCCGAGCCAGAGGCAGCUUCACCGUGCAAGAAGCCAACCCCAUGAAUCAUUAAUUAAUCUUCAGAAGCGUGAAAAGAAGUUGUGUGGUGGAGAGGAGCAUGUCAGGGGGGAGGGCGCCAUUGAAUUUUUUUCUCGUCUUAUUAAAAAAGACAAAACAUCCCUUCGUAUCUUCUCAUGAGUAAAUGUCUGGAGUUGUCUGAAUAGUUUUAAUAAGAGUGUAAGUUGUGAGACGAGUGCCGUCAUAAAACUGCGAAAAUUUUUUUUGAAUUUCUUUUCUCUGUAUGGCAACAAUGUUUGAACCUUUUCUUUUUUUUAACAAUAUGAUAAUUACUCAAUUGAUGAAUGAGGAUAGCGUUAGGUGUUAGUUUAUUUAUUAUUCAAUUUUUGAGUGACAUCGUUUUGAUUGGAACAUGUACUUCGUUGUAGAGAUGCACCUGAACAGCAUUCUCAUUCGUGUUCCAAGUCCUUUUUAACUCUGUUAUUGACAGGGACAUACCUGGAGUGUGAUUAGGAUGUACGACGAUGAUUGAAAAAAAAUAAUAAGUUGUAUUAAUAAAAAAGUUGAUUGACAUUUUUUCAUA